AUGGCUGAUGAAUUGGAACCAUUGUGUAUCCCAGUGGGUCUUUACGUGAAGCCAUCAGCCAGAAUGACGGUUACCGUAUGUUUGCCUCCGUUGAAACAACCUGGGCAAUCGAUUUCCAAUUGGGAUUUGAUGGAAAAAAUCAAGAAAGCUGUUAGUCCUAUUGAGCUUUCAUCGAUUCGUGUCAUGACAAGUACCAUCGAGUUGGUUCGAUUCGAGGCAGAGCUUCCUAGCCGCAAGAUCCUUGCUAAGGUUAUUAAAGCUUUGGAUGGUUAUACACUGAAAGUCAUGGGUUUCUUUGAACCGCUAAAAGUCCGAGCAGCGGAAGCGAAGUCGGACUUUCCUACUCGACAUGACUGGGAUGAAUUCUUUCGAAAUUCAGAUAAUAUGAACGAACUGGAAGCCGGUGAACGACCGGAUACUAUAUACCUAGCUAAAGUGCCGUCGAAUUGGUUUAAGGAAUUUGGCUCAACUGAUGACUCAAUGCCCAAUGAACGUGUUCUUCAAAAUGUCUUCGAACGUUUUGGAACAGUUCGCUGUGUUGAUAUCCCAGUUUGCGAUCCAUAUAGGAGAAAAAUGCCUGCUAAAAUAUCUGGUGUACGCACCACAGGUUUCUCUUUCGGACAGGAAGUAUUAUUUGAAGGAUAUGUGCAAUUUGUAGAAUACAUAUCAUUUGUCAGAGCGAUGGAUUUCUUGCGUAAUAAGAAGUUAGUGAAAAAGAUGCCGGAUGACAGGAUUUUUGAAGCAGCUAUCAAGGUCGAUUUUGAUAAAAAUAAACAUUUAUCAGACAAAAGCAUAUAUAAAAGAUAUGUCGAAAGGGAACGAUUGAAGGAACUGGAGAAGCAAAAAAUUUCGGAAGAACGUCGAAAACGUGAAAAAGAAGAGAGCAAUAAAGCGAACACCAGAAAAAGACACUUCGAUCGUUGCUUACAAAGGGAAGAGAAACAGCGCCAAAAACGAAACAAGGAAAAGCGACUGAAGAAGGAAUGUCUAUUGAAUGAAAUGAUAGCGGAGGAAGGAAGAAAAUUGUUAAUUGCGCAGCGGAAAUUGGAAUCAAGGAGACUGCUUUCGGCACUUUUUUGGAGAAUUGAGGCAAAACUGCGAGAAAAAGAUUCUGGAUUGAAAAUGAAUUCGGGGGAUUUGGAAGAAAAUUUGCAGACUGAACUGGAAACGAAACUGCGGCAAGCUCUUCUUCAAGAACAGGAACAAAGAUUGCGAAAACGAAUUGAAGCUAAAAUGAUGCUCAGCAAAUUACAUGCCACUAAGAAUGAAGAUCGAAAAGACUAG